AUUAAACAAGUGUUAAUUAUAUUCGGGGCAAGAAGAAACUAGUACAAUAAUAUGUAUAGCUAGUUGUGGCUAACCAUGGACCCAACUCAAAAGACAGCGCUUACGAAAUGCAAUCUUUAUAUAAAGAAAAAUUUGACCAAUAUAGAUCGUAUUCUUGAUAUUCUAUUAAAAGAGGGAUGUUUGCUGUGGGACGAAAGAAUACAGUUCAGUGGAGGCGAAAAAUCUUCAGAUGACAAAUGCCAGACUCUUCUGGAAAUAUUGGUCAGGCGAGGCGGGAUAUGCUAUAAAACAUUCAUAGAUUCACUGAAGUCAACCGGAAAUGAACAUAUUGCGAAAGAAAUUGAAGAUGCUCUGUCCGUUCGUAAAGGUGAUGAAAAGCUGAUGUCAGAAUCAGAUACCGAUGACGAAAAGGACAAAACAAUAACGGAUCUUAGAGUACGGAUUGAUGAGCUAACAUCGGAACUCGAGGAUAAGAACGUCAAGCUAAAGCUGCUCAGAGACCAACAGCGCAGAGCUUUAGAUGAUCUAAGGAAACAGAGAGAGAAAAAUACUGAAAAAGAUUCGCAAAUAAAAGUUUUAGAAAGGAAAAAUCAUGACUUGGAAAAAGAAAUAAAUAAGUUGAAAACCACUAUUGAAAAUAUCCAGAAACAACUCAGGCGGGUCGAGGAAGAAAAGAAAAAGACUGCAAACGAGCAGUUAAGAGCUAUUCAAAAUCUGGAAAGAAAGCAGGAUGCCACUCAAAAAACGUGCGAAAAGUUAUGUGAAAAUUUCACCAAUUUUGCGAGAGAUUUUUCAAAGAAUUUCCCUAUGCAAGCUGAAGUCAAAGUUCCAAACCAAAAAGCUCAAGCCAUAAAAGAAGCUCAAGACGAAGUUCAAAAACCGUCCCCACCAAAGAAGUUUAAUAGCCGGCAGAGACGACGUGGAUUAUCUACCUGUAAUUUUAGUGAUGCUGCCGACUGGAGAAACGCAAGAACACCUCGAUAAUCUGAACUUAAGUUCAUGUUUAAACUGACAUCGUUUGGGUUUUUUCUCUUUGAUUUGCCGACUCAUUUCCAUGAAUUCGUUUAUUUAUGAAAGAUUUGACGUAACAAUUGCAUCGAUAAAACUAAAUAGUUUUUCUCAUUUGAGAUGAUCAUGAACUAUUAUCUUGAUAUUCAAAUGGAUCUAGAGACGGUGAUUUAUGGAUUAUUUAUUGUAUUUAAAAGAUGAAAUAAACAAAAAAUAUUG